AUGCUGCGAAGACAAACGCGCGAGCGACGCGAGUACAUCUACAAAAAGGCGCUCGAGAGCAAAGAGAAACAAAUCUACGAACGCAAGCAGCAGAUCCGGGAAGCACUCGCGUCCGGAAAGCCGCUGCCAGCGGAGCUUCGGGGCAAGCAAGCCGAGGAGCUGGGGCGGGAUCUCAACCUCGACGCGGCACAGGAUGCGCCCUCGACGAGCAUCGACGACGAGUACUCACGCGCGGGGACGUACGAUCCACGCGUGCUGGUGACGACCUCGCGCGACCCGAGUUCGCGCCUGACGCAGUUCUCCAAGGAAGUACGACUGCUGUUUCCCAACAGCACACGGCUGAAUCGCGGCGGGUAUACGGUUUCGGACCUUGCGGCCGCAGCACGCAGCAACGGCAUCACAGACAUGAUUGUCCUGCACGAGCACCGCGGUGUACCCGACGCCAUGGUCGUCUCGCACUUCCCGCACGGCCCCACGCUCCUCUUUACCCUGCACAACGUCGUCCUCCGCCACGAGGUCUCGGCGCAGAACUCGACCAUCUCGGAGCAAUACCCACACCUGAUCUUUGAGAACUUCAACUCGAAGCUCGGAACGCGCGUCAUGACGGCACUCAAACACCUCUUCCCCGUGCCCAAGGACGACAGCAAACGCACCAUCAGCUGGGUCAACCAGAACGACUUUAUCAGCUUCCGCCACCACGUCUUUGUCAAGACCAGCCACCGAGAGGUGCAGCUCGCCGAAGUCGGACCCCGCUUCGAAGCCAGAGUGUACGAAAUCAAGCAGGGCACCCUGGACCAGCCGGACGCAGACACAGAGUGGGUCUUGAGACCGUACAUGAACUCGGCCAAGAAAAGGACCCAGUUGUAA